GGGUCCGGCGGGCAGUUUAAACCACCGGAUGUUACGUGUGGGAUAAAAACGUUCACUCUUUUCGUCAUGUUGGCAUGGAUUUCUGGUCAUAAACCAAACGCAGGGGGUUGAUUUCGGCUUUGUUCGAUAGCGGCAUUUUUUCUAUAGUAAAUACGAAUGCCUUUUAAGUUUAAACCAGAAUGUUUUGGGCGUGAAUCCCGCAGCACUAUGAAGCUAAAUCUUACUAGCCAUGCGCUAACAAAAUUGCUAACUUUAUCUAUGACUUUACCUGCUUUUUUGGAAAUGGCCACGGGAAAUAUUUGAGGAACAUGAAGAGAAAAGUGGCCAAAUUAAGACUAAGUCCGAACGAAGAGGCUCGUUUAAUCCGAGAGGAACAUGAACGGAGGAGGAAAUUACGAAUACAACAGGUGCGGGAGCAGCAGAGGUAUAUCUCACUGCAGAUCCUUCGGGAGGUCGAGCAGAGACGGCAGCGAGAGCUGGAGCAGCUGGAGAAGCAGCUGAGGAAGGACUGGGAGCGACAGCAGAGGGAGAAACUCCACGCACUGCAGAGACUCUACCAGGAGAGCCUCCAGCUUGUUGGUCAGGGACACAGAAGUGCAAAAGAAAACGAGCCCGACUUGGAAGCCAUCGCUCAGAGGGAGGAAGAAAAUCACGUCAAAGCAGAGGAGCGUUAUCGGGAAGCCCUAAAGGAGCUCAAAUCACAGCGGCUUAAAGAGGAGGAGAGGCAAAGCCGAUGCAUCAAUGCCAGGAAGAAGGCGCUGCAGGCGGAAAAGGAAAGAUCAGCAAAAGUGGCCAGCCUCCCACUGCCUCUCCCAAACCCUAUUCAGAGCAUCGAUUCCAAGAAGCUGUGUAUAGUGAAGAAAUCUGAUGUGAGUGCCUUUGCCACGACGCACUACCACAUGCCUGAGUGCACAGUGGACAGAGAGGCCGACACAAAGCAGCCAAAUGCCCACAAGGGCGCUGAGUUGGAGGUGAGGAGACUGCAGGACUUGGAGAGGGAGGAAAAGCAAAGGCGAGAGGAGCAGCUUGAGAAGGCCCGUCUGAGAGGGAAGGAGGCUCUGAGGAGGGAACAUCUUGUCCAGGAUCGCGAGCGCUUGUUUAUUGAACUGGAGCACAUGCAGCAGACAGACCUUCUGAGGAGGAGGCAGCAGGUGUCCCAGAUGCCUCCUCAGAUCUUCCAGCCUCUCCUGAAGAGACAGGAGACCAGGGAGGACUUCCAAAGGGAGAUGGAGUUUGCCUUUGAGGACAUGUACACCGGAGAGAGGAGGGUCAAAGGUGACCUGGUGGUGCAGCUGGUACCCGAGCCUCUGCCAGCUUUGUCCACAAGAAGCCACGACCAAGAGCUGGACGUAUCACUGGAUGGAAUUUCCCCACAUGGAGAGGCAGCAACACAACAUGAUGCUGAGCGGGAAGCCGGCAGCACGGAGCUGGAAUUAUGUGACAAAGCAGAGUCCACCAAACCUGCUCCCAGACGGGCUCUGAAGAAACUCCUGGAUCGAAUCAGGAGCCAAAAGAACCAGUGGACUGACAAUGGCAGUAGCGACUCUGCAGCAGAGUCCUUGACCCCCUGCUUUGUUCAGAUCUCAGAGCCGGACACCACCAUCAACACAGGCUCUCUGACCAGCGAGGAGAAGAGCCUGGUGCUGCCCACGGAGCUCCGUGCGUCGGCCAACGCAGCGCCCGCGCUGGAAACAACGAAGCAGUCAACUCCAGCAGAUCCUCCACUUUCUGAUUUACUUGCAAGCAGAGUUCGAGAGUUUGAAGACGGACGAAAGAGACGGGCAGAAGAACUUGAGCGAGAGAAGCAGGAGCAGGUGGUUCUGCUCCAGGAGCUGGAGGAACAGAAAGCUAAAUUGGAGCAGAUGCUGCUCGAGGCCCAGCAGGAGAGAGAAGACCUAAAGGCAGUUGUGACCCAGGACGAGCCCCUCAACUCACUGGAACUACCUGUCCAUGACCAGGAUGUCACCUCUGUCACUCCUGGAAUAGCCACUGAGCUGAUGCCUCCUGCAAGUAAAGAUGACCACGCCCGAAGGAUCAAAGAGUACCAACAGCGGCUGCUCGAACAAAACAAGAUUCACCAGAGGUCAGUGGAGGUAGCCCGCCACCGCCUGGAGGAAUACCAGCGAGCUCUACGCAUUCGUUACAACUUGAACGUCGCGUCAUUGCAGCCGGCUGUUGGGCCUUCGGGCUUCGUGGCCCCUCUUCCUCUGCACCACGCUCAGCCUGCACAUCUGCCAGCUCCCCUGCAACUCUUGACGACCCCUGCGGCACCCGGAUACUUCCACGGCAGACCACUCAGCCCUGUCGAAGUUCCCCGGGUAGAGUCCGACAUGUUGCUUCCGCCCUCAGAACUUCCCGGCUCCAAGCUCCUGCCGCCGUCUGCAGUUGGAUGUCUUUCGAACGACACUAGGGGCCACAGACCGGAUGUCACCGCCUGGCUGACUGAUAACAUAAUGGAGAGAGUGACUGAGCACCUUCCAGUAAGAGUGAGACCUUCCUCCGAGCCACCUUCUCACCAUCUGUUACCAACCCAUCCGCCGGCCAGCAUCCCGUCGAUGAUCCCGUCUGAGCCCGUCCGAGCCAUUAGCCCGUGCACCGCAGAUGGAGUACCUCCGGUAGUGCGAGGUCCUAUGUCACAUGGCUCCCUGCCGCCUGGGUACCCGUGCUCUGGGGAGGAGGCCGACAGCAAUAUGGAGAGGCAGAGGCUACAGCUGCUGGAGGUGAAGAGACGGGCACUGGAGCAGAGGGAGGCUGUCGCGCUGCGGCAGAGGUGGCAAGAAGAGGAGCAGCAGAGACGGGAAGAACAGCAACGUGAACAGGAAGCGGAGAUGGAGCAGAUGAGAAGGCAAAAGGAGAUGCUGCAAGCUCUGAUUCAUACUGAAGAACCUCUUGUUCCAGAGGCCGCCGCUGAAGUGGUGGUUUCAGAGGACAUCGCCAAGACCCGCCUCAAGCUACUGGCGUCUCUGCUGAGAGCUAUAGAGGAGUCUAAUGGAGGAACUUUAGCUCACUUAGAGGCCCCGGAAGAGAAAGAUCACUCUCCUCGGCAACUGCCUUCUGACAGUGAGCACAUCCGUCAGAGCGACGUUCCUGCCGGACCUGCCUCAGUGUCAGUCUUUCCCUCAGGAUUCUACCCUCCACCCCGAGCAGCAAAGCCCCCAGUGACCCGCUUCAGGCUGUGCGCCACGGAGGUGAUGAUGGAGCAACACGAGCUCAGUGCUAUUCAAGAGGUGGAGACACCGGUUGACUCUAGCCAAGUCGCAGGCCCGGAGGAUAGUGGGACAGUCCCCUCGCAGGCUCUGUGCCUGGACCAGCAGAAGGACUUGGAAUUGUCCACGUCCUCUGACAGGACCGAGCAGGCACCCUCUUGGUCAAGCAGUAGGCAGCGGUCGGCCGAACGAUCCUCCGGGUCGAGCUCAGGAGGUACCUGGAGGGAGAGGCUGCCGAUGGGAACGUCUCCAGAAUCCUCUGGGUCUGAUUCAGUCGGGAGGAUGACCUCACCGCUUUCCUCCGACUCUGGGAGAGGAGCCGACUAUUCUGGUCCUGCGGUCACAAGCCACAGACCCUCUACAGAGUCUGCACAUAGGCCCCAUGAUUCUGACUGCCUCUCCUCCACCACCAUCUCCACCGGCAGCUACAUCACCACCGAUCCUGAGCUCAACGUUGAUGCCGAUAAAUCCCCAUCGCUAAGACAUUGUGCUGAGCCAGGACGAGGAGAACAUUCACUGGAUAUCUCAUCGCCGUCCGCUCACAGCUCGUGCAUCAUCGACAGCUCGGUCGCAGGCCGUCCCGGUCAGGCUGUGGACUCUCUGUUUAACGACAGCAGCAUCCAGCACAUUAUAGACAAAUACACAAGGGAGCUCAACCUUUCACUCAGCGCUGCUGGCCGGACCACAGAUAGUGAAGGCUCAUACUUGGAGCAACCCGGCUCUUCAGUGUCAGAGCAGGCUUUGGUUGGAGUAUCCGAGAGAGGAGUAGAGGAUGAAAGGUCUUUGUCUCGCCGGUCUCUUCCCUCAGACACCGAGGGAGAUCAGAAGGGAGGCCUGGUCAGUGAUUCACAACCCACAAUAGAUCCGAUUCUGGAGCACUUCUUGGGAGAGGACCCUACAAUCACUGAGUACCAAGAGCAGGACUCUUUUAGACCUCUGAUAGGCCAGCUGGCGGACCAGUCGUCCUGCCUCGCCGCCGAGCCGAGGGACUCAGCCAUGCAGCUGCUCGUCGGCCUACCGUUUGCUCACUCCUCCGUGAUUUGUCAGCCACCAGGCCCAUCGGGUUCGGUGAGCUUUGACCAAGGCAGAUGGGAUUCCACACUGAGCCAUAUGAUCAGUCGACUCUCCCAUCAGCCCAGCUCCCACUGGCCAAGUGGCGGGCAGGACUUUUACGCCGACUACCUGACGAGUCGGGUGGCAUCGGAGCAGGCGACCACAGGGCUGGAUGGAGAUUUGGAGGACAGCCAGAUGAGGCCGCUGGUUGUUGAGCAGGAUGAGUCGGCUGGCCAGGACAGUGAAAUCUCAGAUGAAAGAACACUCGUGGAUCUUGGUGUCUCAACGGAGGGCGGUGUGCCGUUGUACCCAGUGUUGCCUCCUGAACCCUCGUCAGAUGGUGCCUCAGCUUCUGCUGGGCAUCCACAUCACCUCACCGCGCAGGACAAAAUCAGUCCAAUGGACCUGGUCCCGGAGAGGACUGAAGCGUUUCCAGACUCCUUCCACCCAAUGCUGGCUGAGAUCACCCACAACGAAACGGCAGACCCCUCCAUGACCUUCCAUCUGCCUGAACACAAUGUGCCUACGUCUCCUGAGGGACAGCCGGCCAGCGGGGAACAUGCAGUUUCCACGUCUUCUGUUGAGUUUGAAACCAACACUGAUGAGUUCGAGCCGUCACCCGAACGCCUCAGAGCGGAGGAGCCGUCGAGCUGCGUGGAAGCUUCCCCCGCCCUGCAGGAUUCCUUCUCUCAGCUGAUCGCCUCCCAGUGCCGGCCUCACGAGUCCGUCCUCACGCUGUCCCCAGACACCAGGACAGACGGAGAGCCAGCGGCUGCACUCUUGUCACGUUUGACGGUGUGUGAUGAUCCACCGACCGUGGAAAUAAUGGAGGGGGCCGAUGAAGACAGAAACCACGUUUGUCCUUUGUUAGAUAGAAUAUUGGAGGCUGCUGGUGAGAAGGGGAUCUUAGAGCAGUCAGAGAUAACACUAGUGAGCCUGACCGACACCACGCUGCAGGACCAAGAGACAAUUGUUUCUGAGAAAGAGGAAAAGUGGGAAGACAAACAUCGGGAAGGAGUGGAAGAAAAGGGACUGCAAGCUCAAGAGACAGAGGGUUCUAAAUCCACGUCGUUAUGGGCUGGGAGCCCAGAAGACGGGAACAACCCAUUUCCAGUGACGCUCCUGGAAUUUCAGUGGGGUCCCGGCAAAGAUCUGCAGGAGGUCCACCAGCAGACGCGCAGAGCGCUGCUCCAGAGAUCGUCCCGCAGGGUGGAGAGGAUCAAGGUUAAUGCUAAGGAAUCUAACCCAGCCCCCAGAAAGGCAAAGAUGAAAUCCGAAACACCUCGUCAGAUAAACGCCAAGUCAAAGGGGGGACCAGCAGAGCCACAUCGAACCACUAAGAAAUCUGCUUCCAUCCAGCAGAAAAGGCCCCUGCUUCCCCCUCCAGCAAAUGAUCCCAGGAUUAACGAGGUGUGUGAGGUGAAGAGCAGCACAUCGGAGCAAAGGAAGCGGGAUGUUUCUGAGAUGCACCAGAGAACUCAAAGACUGUAUGAGCAGUUGGAGGAGGUGAAGCAUCAAAAAGCCAUCAGGAACCGACUGCAGUCUUAUGAAGCUAAUAGACUGAAGGCUAAAGAGUUCCACAAGAAAACCUUACAGAAGCUUCGGGCCAAGCAGACGUAGUGACUACGUAUCUUCUACGUUAAGUUUUUAUAAAUAAAGCAUUUUAAGUUAUUUAAA